GAGUUACACAACUAGCUGAAAGAGUUAGUAAGGUCGAAUCUGGAGCAAGCUACCGUCCUCUUAACCAGGGCUAUGACGACAUGUCAACAAGUGAUAGCAAAAUGGUAGGAUCAAUCGAGCACAAAUUAGCAGAGCAGGAAAGGACGUCUGGGAUGUUGAAAGUUCAUUUUUCAGAGCUCGAAUUACAAUUACAAGCUUCUCUUGCUUCUACCUACAAUGGCUCAUUCUUGUGGCGUAUACCUGACGUCAAACGAAGGAAAAGAGAUGCGAUUGAAGGGAAAACCACGUCAAUCUGUACUCCACCUUUCUACACUGGACGAAAUGGUUAUAAGAUGUGUAUUCGUGCCUAUCUCAAUGGAAAUGGAAUCGGAUAUAAUACACAUCUAUCCAUUUUUUUCGUCUUGAUGAAAGGUGAAUAUGAUCCAUUAUUGAAGUGGCCCUUUGAUUAUAAGGUGUCUUUAAUCAUGGUGGAUCAAGACCACAAGAGGCACAUUGUGCAAACUUUCAAGCCAUCUCCCAGUUCCAGUAGUUUCCAGAGACCAAAAUCAGACAUGAAUAUCGCCUCUGGGUGUCCCAAGUUUGCUGAGUUAAAAAUCCUUGACAAUGAAUCAUAUGUGAAAGAAGACGUAAUGUACAUUAAAGCUAUUGUGGACACUACUAGGAUUUUUCACCCGUAAAAAUUUAAUAAUUUUUGUCCAAAAUUUUUAUUAGUUUCGCACACCAAACUUGCAUACAAGACUAACAGACUAUUUAAACUUUAAAACAUGUAGUGGUUGUUCAUGAUGACAUAAUAUGAUAUUCCAUACAUUUCCGUGUUUUGUCGUAUACUUAAA